CACGGUGUCCCCCUCUCUUUCUCUCUCUAUCUGCUCGCCCGGCAAUCGUUCCAUGGACCUUCCGGCUCCGUCCAUGGCGCCCCGCCGAUUCCUUUCCCCCCUUCUCCUCCUCCUCCUCCUCGUCAGCCUCGCGUCCGCCUCCUCGUCGCAGCCGCUCAUCCGCCUCUACUCGAAGCCGCCGUUCGCCGGCGACCGGAAGGUCCUCAAGGACGACGGCCUCUACUGCGAGAGCUGGCGGCUCGCCGUCGAGACGAACAACGCCGGGAGCUGGGACCAGGUCCCGCCGCGGUGCGAGCAGCUCGUCGCCGCCUACAUGAGCAGCGACCGCUACGCGUCGGACUCGGCGAUCGUCGCGAACUACUCGUCGGAGUUCGCCCGGGCCGUGGAGAUCGCCGGCGACGGGAGCGACGCCUGGGUGUUCGACAUCGACGAGACGCUGCUCUCCAAUCUGCCUUACUACGAGGCCCACGGGUUCGGAUCGGAGGUCUUUGAUGAGAACUCUUUUGAUGGUUGGGUGGAUUUGGCGGAGGCCCCUGCUUUACCCUCGAGCUUCAGUUUGUACAAGGAGCUUCAACAGCUGGGUUUCACGAUCUUUCUGCUGACCGGGCGCAGUGAACAUCAAAGAAACGUUACGGAAACAAAUCUUCUAUAUGCUGGGUACAGUGACUGGAAAAGGCUUAUCUUGAGGAAUGCUACCGAUCAAGGUAAACCUGCAACUGUCUAUAAAUCAGAGAAGAGGUCUGAAUUGGAAAGCCAGGGUUAUACAAUUCAUGGGAGCUCUGGAGACCAAUGGAGUGAUUUGCUAGGCUUUGCUAUUGCAAAACGGUCUUUCAAGCUCCCGAACCCUAUGUACUACAUUUCUUGAUGACAAUGAUGUCAAAACUCUGAAGCACGAGAACGUGGAUGCGACACAUUGAUUUGCAUUCGAUGAACACGAUUCUUUUCUGCCCUAAUCAUUCAUCGUUGCCAUUGCCAGGCACUGACUUAAUGUGAUUUUACUUUCAAUAAGAUGAGCAAAUGGAGCUACACUUCAUACUGUAAUUUGUUGGGCACGUAUGCAGUGUGUAAGACCUAUUUCUCAACACUAUGGUGUUUUGAGGUUGAAGUAACCUGCAAACUUCAAAUAUGACGGUGCAGUACACCAACCAUCUGAUGGUAGGUUUAUGUCCUAUAUUUCGUAGUA